AAAGGCGUGUGGGUGUGUUUGUUUCGGUGCGGGUGUAUGUGUGUUUGUUUGUGUGUGUGUGUGUGUGUGUGUGUGUGUGGAGUUAGCUGAAACUAUGAGAGAUGCAGCUGAGACAUUCACAUAGUUGAGGUGUGGCUUGUUCGAGGCUCCAGGAAGGAACUAACUCAGGUUAGCCAGAGGCAGACAGAGUAGAACAGAACAGAACAGAACAGGAGCGGCUGAGGCAAGUUCGUCUGAAGGAGAAAGUGAGCGAGAGUGCGGUAUGGCAGACACAGGACUCAAACCAGAAUCAAAACCAGACCAGAAACUCUGCUGCACUGUGUGUUCUGGUGCUCUCAAUGGUGACAAGUCCUCUACCUGUGGACACUCAGUCUGUGCCUCCUGCCUGGGCAAGAAAAGUGAGGGCUGCCCCCAGUGUUUACAAUGCUCUGGCAAGCCUAUACCGGCACCUGUGGAACAGAACGGAACAAUGAAUGAAAUAGUGGCUGAGUCUCCACUGGUGAUCAAAACCGAAGAAAAAAAGAAAAAGGACAUACAAACUGAAAUUUCAAAGACAGCAGAGGAGGCAAAGAUACAGGAAGACCAGAAGGAAUCAGAGGACCCUAAGAAAUCAGAGGAGGCAACGAUACAGGAAGACCUGAAGGAAUCAGAGGACCCUAAGAAAUCAGAGGAGGCAACGAUACAGGAAGACCUGAAAGAUUCAGAGGAAGAAGAGAAAAAUAAAGAGAGUGAUCCUCCACAGGCUGCAGAGGAAGUGAAAGAGGAUGUGGGGGUUGGGGAGGGAGAUACAUUAAGGGAAGAGAAAGCAAAAGGAGAGGUGAAAUUAGAGCCGUUGGGGCCCGAUGAUGUUGUGUGUGACUCGUGUAUGGAGAUGAGCCCGUGCCGGGCCCUCAAGUCCUGCCUCACCUGCCUUGUGUCCUACUGCGAGGCCCACCUUAGGCCUCACCUGGAGAACCCCAAGUUCCAGAACCACAGGUUGGUGGAGCCGCUGAGGGACAUCGAGAGACGGACCUGUGAGACCCACAAGUGGCCCCUGGACCUUUUCUGCUGUGCCGACGCUGUGUGUGUCUGUCAGGACUGUGUGACAGAGGACCACAGGGGACACAACACUGUGCCUGUGGUGGAGGCACGCAGAACCAUCGAGAGGGAACUACUAGAUAAGCAAGCAGAGAUGGUGAAGACAGUGACAGCAGCAGAGAAUGCCAUCAACAAACUUCAAGUCAACACUGUCUCUAUUGAGAAUUCAGUGACAGAGGUCCGUGAGGUCAUUGAGAACCAGUUUACGGUGCUCCAGGCUGCGGUGGAGCGGGCCAAGAGAGAGGUGACGGAGAUCCUGGAGGGAGAGGAGAAGCAGGCUCUGAGACAGGCCGAGGGGAUCAAGGUACACCUGGAGCAGAGGUGCACUGAGCUGAAAAAGACACAGGCGCAGGUGGAGAAGCUCUCCAAGAACAAGAAUGACGUGGACUUCUUACAGGAGUACUCCGAGUGGAAGAAGGACUGCUCUGACAUCACCCUACCUGGGGUCUACAUCGGCCUCAUGGACCGGCUCAACUCCUUCAGCAGACAGAUUGUUACUUCCACAGAGGAGCUGUGUGAACUGCUGCUGUCCAAGUACACUGAGACACUCAAAGAGACCUGCAAAAAUGACAUGAUGGGGAUAAAAACCACAGUCCAUGAAAUAAUCGCAGCCAAACAGAACAGGGAUGUUCCAGAACCAAAGACGCGGGAUGACUUUCUAAAGUAUGCCAAUCCGGUGAGUUUUGAUGCAGACACGGCCCAUAAGUUCCUGCGUCUGACUGAGGAAAACAGGAAGGUGACCAACACCACACCCUGGCAACACCCGUACCCCGACGUCCCUGAACGUUUUGAGAACUGGCGCCAGGUACUGGCCACAGAGAGCUUCUACGUCGGCCGACACUACUUCGAGGUGGACGUGAGCGGUGAGGGCACGCAUGUUGGACUCACCUACAAGAGCAUCGACCGCAAGGGUCCUGAAAGUAACAGUUGCAUCGCCGGCAAUGACUUUUCAUGGUGCCUCCAAUGGAACGGACGUAGCUUCUCUGCCUGGCACGGUGAUGUGGAGACGCCUCUAAGCGUGGACAAGUUCACACGUAUUGGGGUCUAUGUGGACUAUAGCCGUGGAUUACUGGCUUUCUAUGGGGUGGAUGACGUCGUCGGCAUGACCCUCAUCCACAAAUACAAGGCUGAGUUUCUGGAGCCCCUUUACCCAGCCUUCUGGCUGUCGAAGAAGGAGAACGUGGUAGUGCUUGUUGAACCUGGAGAGCCACUGCCACUGAAAAGCUCCUCUCCCCCUAAAAUACCCCUAAACACUGAUGUUGCACCCCGAAGCCGUUUCACAGUAACUCUUGUUGUUGAACAAUGAUCAAUUUGUCGGUAGUCAAGCCUGAAAAGAUUCAGAAUGCAGGAAGCGAUGGAAAAAGAAACCUAAAACCUCAUCAGGUGACAGGAAACCUCACUAGAUCUGUAUAUUAUGUUCUAAAUGAAAGUUGAAUAUUUAUAAUAUAUUUCCAGAGAGUAUAUUGGUUGUUCUUAUUCUUGUUGUGUUGCAUGAAUAAUCUUGGUAUAAUGUCAGUGGUUAGGUUACAUCUAAUGUGAUGGGUCACUUUCUAUUCAUAUUUUUUGUUUAAAUCUGAUGCAAAAUAGUUUUGAUACUGUGACUAUUUGAAUGGUGGAUUUCUUUGGGAAUGUUGGGACUGCUGUUACUGUUUACUACAAACUGUGACUUUGGAAUGUACUGUAUUUGAGAGAUACCACAGUAAAUUAAAUUAAAUUGUAUUUGUCAA